GAACGGCUUCGCGAGUUGGGGCAGCUCCUCGCGCUCGGCCCUGCUCGGCGGCGAGAGCUCCGCCUGGGCGCCGCGUUCCUACAGCCGCGGGAGCAGCCAGACGCCGCGGGAGCCGCCAGACGCCGAGGGAACGGACCAACCUCCGCGCACCCUUGCCGACCCGGGCGGGCAGAGGUGGGCAAGCGGCGAACGCCCGGAAGCGCGGAGAGCCAGGCCAGCCCGGAGCGCGCCGGGGACACCCCGUGCGCCCCGCGUCCUGGCACCAUGCGACCCGCCGCGCGUCCUCGCGGGCCCGGGGCUUCGCUCUCCGCUCUCUGAGCCCCUGCGCUCGCCACCACGGAAACUCGGAAAGAGGAGGCGAGGCUGUGGGGAGCGGCGCGGAGACGGACUAGACUUCCCCUCCGCCCCCAAGAGGCUGUCGGUCUCCGGUUCCCUGGGCUUCUCCAGCUUUAUCAUGAACCUGGCGCAAGGUUGGCUUUAGGAGAAAUUCAGGAGCCGCAGGGAGAGUCAAGGCAAUUCUUUGGUUGCUAAGUGUGAGUGAAGACACUCAGGAUGGCUCAAGGAUCCGGGGAUCAAAGAGCAGUGGGGAUUGCUGACCCAGAGGAGAGUUCUCCAAACAUGAUUGUCUACUGCAAAAUUGAAGACAUCAUUACAAAGAUGCAAGAUGACAAGACAGGAGGUGUGCCCAUCAGAACAGUCAAGAGCUUUCUCUCCAAAAUCCCCAGUGUCGUCACAGGUACUGACAUUGUGCAGUGGCUUAUGAAGAACCUUUCCAUUGAGGACCCAGUUGAAGCAAUACACUUGGGAAGCCUUAUCGCUGCCCAGGGCUACAUCUUUCCAAUCUCAGACCAUGUUCUCACCAUGAAGGAUGAUGGCACCUUUUAUCGUUUCCAGGCUCCAUACUUCUGGCCUUCAAACUGCUGGGAACCUGAAAACACUGACUAUGCCAUCUAUCUCUGUAAGAGGACAAUGCAAAACAAAGCAAGGCUGGAACUGGCAGAUUAUGAAGCAGAAAACUUAGCAAGACUCCAGAGGGCCUUUGCAAGGAAGUGGGAAUUCAUCUUUAUGCAAGCAGAAGCACAAGUAAAGAUUGACCGGAAAAAAGACAAGACAGAAAGGAAAAUUUUGGAUAGUCAAGAACGAGCCUUUUGGGAUGUCCACAGGCCUGUGCCAGGCUGUGUGAACACAACAGAAAUGGAUAUCCGAAAAUGUCGACGCUUGAAGAAUCCACAGAAGGUUAAAAAGUCCGUGUAUGGCGUGACUGAAGAGUCCCAGGCACAGAGCCCAGUGCAUGUACUCAGCCAACCAAUCAGGAAAACAACAAAAGAGGACAUCCGGAAACAGAUAACAUUUUUGAACGCACAGAUUGACAGACAUUGUUUGAAAAUGUCCAAAGUAGCUGAAAGUUUAAUUGCCUACACGGAACAAUAUAUGGAAUAUGACCCUUUGAUAACACCAGCUGAGCCAUCCAACCCUUGGAUCAGUGACGACGUUGCUUUGUGGGACAUAGAGAUGAGCAAAGAGCCCAGCCAACAGCGAGUAAAAAGAUGGGGCUUCUCUUUCGAUGAGAUAUUGAAGGACCAGGUGGGGCGGGACCAGUUUCUACGAUUCCUGGAGUCCGAAUUCAGUUCAGAAAACCUCAGGUUCUGGCUGGCUGUCCAAGAUCUUAAGAAACAACCCCUACAGGAUGUGGCCAAGAGGGUAGAAGAAAUCUGGCAAGAGUUUCUGGCUCCAGGGGCUCCAAGUGCAAUCAACCUGGAUUCUCACAGCUAUGAGAUAACCAGUCAAAAUGUCAAAGAUGGAGGGAGAUAUACAUUUGAAGACGCACAGGAGCACAUCUACAAGCUGAUGAAGAGUGACAGCUAUGCCCGCUUCCUCCGGUCAAAUGCUUACCAGGAUUUGCUGCUGGCCAAGAAGAAGCCAGAAAGUGAGCAAGGUCGUAGAACUUCCCUAGAAAAGUUCACUCGCAGUGUGUGCUGCUGGCGCAGAGUCAGAAUGGCCGCUGCAUUUCACCCCCGAGGUGGCUUCCUUCCAGCAGUGGGGAAAGUCGCUGGCGGGCAAGCGCCUCACGGGCCUGAUGCAGUCCUCCUGACCGUUCCCACCGCAGGUCCAGGGCCUGGGCCCGCGGACCCCACAGGCAGGCGGCGGCGCUCCACAUCUGCGGACAGAGUUUCCUUACGGGGAGACUUGGUCACUGUGAAGGAGAAAGAGUGAGGGCAAUGAAGGCCGAUGGUGGGGAGACUCGGUGGGUGAACGGGGAGACCAGACAGAAAGAGUCCACAGAGCCUGGGCUGGGCCCGGUGGAGGCUCCUGUUUACAGUCCUCUCUUCUUUGUACAGUUGUAUCCCAACACUCCACUCGCUAAGAGGCCCUGAUCCCAGCUCAUUCAGGGGAGAACACGUCGUGGGGUUCCUGUCACGACUAUCACUUGAGAUUAUAUUCUUAUCCUCACUCCCUCGCUGUCUGGAGAGGGUCACACCUUCUGGCAAAUUCAAGAGAGAUGAGUGGACCGAGAACACAUCCAGUAUUUGCAUCACCUCCCUGGCACCUCCCAUAGUUACAGCCACCACAUCCCCACCGCCGCCUGUCAUCCCUCACAUCUCUGUGGCCACCCGGGUGUCACUGCCAGCACCAGGCACUGCUUUCAUGUAAAAUGUCCAAAUCACAUCUUCAGCAAGAAAGCAACCUCAUGGAUUGCCCCGCCUCAAGUUCUUUCCACCCUCUUUGAGAUCAACGUUCGGAGAGGUCCCCGCCAGCCCGGUGGCUGCCCUCAGGUCCCGUCACAUGUCUCAAGGGUCCAGCGUUUGAGGAAGCACUGUUGUAGUUGACAGAGCUGCUUGUUUCACAGUUGUGGGGAUUCUGCUGACCAUCUUUUAGAAAAUUAUUUCAUAACUUAUUCUGGUUUUGCCCCCUUGCUCCUUGGUUUAUUCCCUCAUGUUUUACUCAAAAUAAACAUGGCCAUGAACUCAGGGGCCAUUGGGAUUCUCCCCUCUGGCAGCCCCAGGUGGGAGCUGGGAGGGUCCCCAGCCCAGGAGGUGGCUGGAUUGCAGGGCUGGCAGCCCCCACGUGGUGGCAUCCUGACAGGCAUGAUGAGAGCCUUGCUGGGUCAGGUCUCCUUUGUGUGUGAAGCUGGGGCAGAGUAUGCUACAAAGGGACCAGGCCAGGUCACAGGGUUCUCCUCGCAGUCUUUAUCUGAAGGCCCAGCCAAAGCACCCCUCUAAACCGGUCACCUAGGGGAAAUGCAAAAACCUGCAAAAGAUCCACCUGUAUUCCUUCCGUGUGUGUGUCAAAAUGACCAUUUGCCAACCUGGCUGUGAGGUAAUGUAUGUAAGGCACCGAGUCAGGUGCCUGAUACGUAGUAGGUGCUUAGCAAAUGGUAGCUAAUACUAUCAUCAUUGUCAUUGUUAUUGUGACACCCAUUGCCCACAGACAGAGCUGUAUUAAGUAACCUGUUUUUGAAUCCAGACAUUCGCUCCCCCACUUGCUAUGACUAUCCUCCUUUGAUCUAUUUUUGGUCAUAGGUAAAAAAAAAUCUCUCUUGGGAGCAUAUAAACAAAAAACACAGAAGCAAUAAAGCGAUAGCUGGUAUUUCUUUUCUCAUGUAGCCAAAUUCACCAGCCGGUGACCGAAGGCUCAGAUGCUUGCUUAUUUGCAGACCCGGCCUCCUGGGUGCUCCCCAGUGACCCAUCUUUCCACCCCACCACCUCCAAGUCCUGUCUAUGUCUGCUUCCACACAGCCCUGUCCCCAGGGCACCAGCCUUCUGUCCCUCACGGCAGUGCCACCACGGGCAUUAGGAGUCUUCGUUAUGUUGUAUCCUUGUGAGUUCUUGACUACCAUGCCCAAGUCUCCCCCACUGGCAAUAGUUCCUCUCUCGGAGGCAUAGUGGCAACUGGAGAGAUGACAGAUGUUGAGUCCUCAGUGUCUCCAGAGGCAGCAAUUCUUGCUGCACACCUACACAUGCUCAGCACAGAGGCUGGUAUUUUGGAGGCACUAAACACUUGAUGAGUAAAUGAAUGGCAUAAAGCCCCAUUCCAAGUUAUGGGGUCUUUUGACAGGCCCCUUUCAUCCUCUUUCUCUUUGUAUAAACCUCAUGUUUCAGAACAAAAUUGCAGUCUAAGUUCGUUUGCCCCCAGCCUUGCCCAAGGAUCCCCAGGCUGUGCUGACCCCUAGGCAUAGGGCAAAGGGUGUUCCCAAGCAGCAGGCACCUCAGUGCCCUCAGUUAUCCAGGGAAAGGGGCCUGGCUACCCCCUGCUCCUCCCCAUGGUGCAGGGGCAUUCUAAGCCAGGCUGCAGACACGGCAGGGUUGGCUUCUUGGCCAUUCCUUCUGUGCCCCCUUCUCCUUCUGACUGGUCUCACCCUGGAGAUCCCCAGAGGAUCUGACCAGAGCCAGGUGGACUGUGGCCCUGAGAUGGAGCUGGCUGCAGGCUUACAAGCACCUCUGGGGACAUCCAGAGGGGAGGGUCAGUAAGCACAACAGAGCUAGGGAGACUUCAGAUGGACUCAAACCCAGAGCAACAACACUCUCAUACCACCCCGCAGCUAAGGCACCCGUGUUCCCCAGUAGAUCAAGCCAGAAGCUUUGCAAGAAGGGAGUGGAACGAGGCUGCCUACCCAAGGUCCAUCUACCACGCAGAACUUGGUCAUGCAAGUACAUUUGGAAAAUCUGGUCUUGGCCCGUCCCCCAUUGGCCUGGUCUACACAGCCAAAAAUUCAGACUAGAUUAGAUGUUUGCAGGCAAUUCUGUAGCAAAGCAAAUUCCCCUACCCUGUCCUGCCCCCUAGAAGCUGCCUUAGCCUCCCUGACUGGGUGUGGUCUCUGGGCCUAGGACUCAUCCCUAUGAGGAAAAGUGCUCUCCAGCCACAUCUUGGCAGCCCCACAGCCACAGCAUCAGGGCAGCUGCAGCAAGUGAUCACCCACCCACCGGGUUAGAUACACAAGGCACCAGGCACUGGCAUCUGACUAAAAUAACCUUUCCCUACAUGGGAAGAAGCAAGCUUGUAGGUUGGCACAUAUAAAUGUCCAGCCGCAGCCAGAUGGCCUGACCUAAGCAGCAGGAACUCUCUGGGCUGGGGAGGAGCCUCCUGCCCUUCUAGAAAGUGAUGUGUCAGCUUUGUUCUCCUGGGAAGGUGUUGCUAUACCCCGGGAACAAAGCAGGGCCCAACUGCCAGUGCAGUCGGCUGGGCCUGCGCUCCAGGUUCACCGCCGUUAAGCGGUCAGGUACCGGGCCAGCACCCUGGGAGGGACCUCUUGCGACUCUGAGUUGCAGCUUGGACUAGCUGAACACAUGGGGACAUGCUCCAGGAGCUUCUUCCCUGGCAGGAUUCCUGGGAUGUUCAAACUACCUCACCAACAGGACGCUGAACCAGGAGCCUGCCACCAAACUGGCCCCCUUGGUGAUUGUGGAAGGUGAUGUUUUUCCUAAAAUGCAUCCCUCCUGUUCUGCUCCAAAUACAUGAGCUUCAAAAACCACCACCAGGAAAGCCUUCCCAGAAGAGGGAAAGGAUUGAGGGCUCUCUUCCUCUGAGCCCUGCAGAAUGUAUUGGAGGGAGGUGUUUGCUGCAAGGUCCAGGAGCUGGGAAGCUCUGGGCUCGGGGGGAGAUAAUGCACCACCAGCCUCGAAAAGGAGCUGCCCAAGUUGAAUAUGUAGCAAAGACCAUGGGAUAAGUUGAAUAGUGGCCAAAUGAAUCACUAAUAACUCACCAUGGGACCCUCUGAAGAGAGGCCUGUGCUCAUGUAACCAUAGCAACAGCAGAUGCCAGCAACCUACUCAUUAGUACCACCCAGUGAUAAGGCAUCCCCUGGGCUAGACCCAGGGGCCAUAAAGUAGCAAAGUAGCAAAUGUAGCAAUAAGGGGCCUGGGUCUAUACGGGGACAGGGUCCAAAUGACCAGGCCUUGGCCCUCUCCCCAGCCCCGAUGAGGGCUCAGAGCCAGCUGCUGUCAGCUGUCUGGGGAGGGAAGGCCCUGCUCCAUACCGGGGGCCCCUGUUCUAUUCUCUAAACCCACUCACCGCAUGAUCACGGACUCAUCGGAAUGGCCUCCUCUUAGUGCAUGUGGUUCUCAUUAGUUUAUUUUUCUGGAAUUUGGGGAUUGGACCCCAGAACCAAACAUGCUGGUACAGUCUAAAAAUAAAUGACUUGAACCCACUUCAAUCCA